AUGGAGGACGAGGCGGUGCUGGACCGGGGGGCGUCCUUCCUCAAACACGUCUGCGACGAAGAGGAGGUCGAAGGUCACCACACCAUUUAUAUCGGCGUCCACGUGCCCAAGAGCUACCGGCGCCGCAGGCGCCAUCGCCGUCGAGCAGGCCACAAGGACAGGAAGGAGAGGUUGACGGAGAACGCCUCUGACAAGUCGGACGCGGAAAACAAUGAUGAGGCCAGCACCAGCAUCCUCAAACCUCUCAUCUCGCCAGCAGCCGAGAGGAUCCGUUUCAUCCUUGGGGAGGAUGAUGAUGGGCCGGCGCCGCCCCAGCUCUUCACUGAGCUGGAUGAGCUGCUGUCUGUGGACGGACAGGAGAUGGAGUGGAAGGAGACGGCCAGGUGGAUCAAGUUCGAGGAGAAGGUGGAGAAAGGCGGCGAGCGCUGGAGUAAGCCCCACGUAGCCACGCUGUCCCUACACAGCCUGUUUGAGCUGCGGAUGUGCAUCGAGAAAGGCACCAUCAUGCUGGACAUGGAGGCUUCCACCCUGCCGCAGGUGGUCGAGCUGAUCACGGAUAACCAGAUUGAGAUCGGCCAGCUGAAAGCAGAGCAUAAAGACAAGGUGAUGUACACGCUGCUGCGGAAGCAUCGCCACCAGACCAAGAAGUCCAACCUGCGCUCGCUGGCCGACAUCGGCAAGACGGUCUCCAGUGCAAGUAGGCUGUUUUCCAACCAGGAGAACGGUAGUCCCACCACGACCCACCGAAACGUGACCUCUGGGAGUUUGAACGACGUCUCGGACAAACCAGAAAAAGAUCAGCUGAGGAAUAAGUUCAUGAAGAAGUUGCCCAGAGAUGCCGAGGCUUCCAACGUGUUGGUGGGGGAGGUGGAUUUCCUGGAUGCGCCGUUUGUGGCAUUUGUUCGUCUCCAACAAGCUGUGAUGCUGGGGGCCCUGACCGAGGUUCCCGUCCCCACCAGAUUUUUGUUCAUCCUGCUUGGUCCCAAAGGAAAAGCCAAGUCGUACCAUGAGAUCGGGAGAGCCAUCGCAACGCUCAUGUCAGAUGAGGUCUUCCAUGACAUUGCAUAUAAAGCCAAGGACAGACAGGACCUGCUGGCCGGCAUUGAUGAAUUCCUCGAUGAGGUGAUCGUCCUUCCUCCUGGAGAAUGGGACCCUGCCAUCCGGAUAGAACCUCCAAAAUCCCUCCCGUCCUCUGACAAAAGGAAAAAUAUGUAUGCAGGUGGUGAUAACGCCCAGAUGAAUGGAAAUAUGCCCCAUGAUGGAGGUCACGGAGGAGGGGGACACGCUGUUGGGGAGGAGCUAAAAAAAACUGGAAAGUUUUGUGGGGGUCUCAGACUUGACAUCAAAAGAAAAGUGCCGUAUUUUAUCAGUGACUUCACCGACGCAUUUCAUAUUCAGGCCCUCUCAGCCAUUUUGUUUAUUUACUUGGGAACUGUGACAAACGCCAUCACGUUUGGCGGUCUGCUUGGCGACGCCACGGAAAACAUGCAGGGGGUGCUGGAGAGUUUCCUGGGGACAGCGAUAGCCGGUGGGGUGUUCUGUCUGUUGGGGGGCCAGCCCCUCACCAUCCUCAGUAGCACCGGCCCUGUGCUGGUGUUUGAACGCCUGCUCUUCAACUUCAGCAAAGACAAUGAUUUUGACUACCUGGAGUUCCGCCUGUGGAUUGGCCUGUGGUCGGCCUUCUUCUGCCUGGUGCUGGUGGCCACAGACGCCAGCUACCUGGUCCAGUACUUCACCCGCUUCACAGAGGAAGGCUUCUCCUGUCUUAUCAGCUUCAUUUUCAUCUAUGAUGCCUUCAAGAAGAUGAUAAAGCUAGCUCACCACUACCCCAUCAACUCCGAGUACAAGGUGGACCACGUCACCUUAUUCGACUGCCUCUGCAUGGCCCCCACCAUCGCAGAAAACGGCACCGACAUCAACGGGGAUCCUCUGGAUGAACCUUUAAUCAGCUUGUGGAACAGCACUGACCUACUCAUGAACACCACGUGGUCCUCGCUCCCCAAGUCAGAGUGUCUGAAGUACGGAGGCGAGCUGGUGGGAAAGGCCUGUGACUAUGUUCCUGACAUCACCCUCAUGUCCUUCAUCCUCUUCUUCGGUACCUAUACCUGCUCCAUGUGUCUCAAGAAGUUCAAGACGAGCCCUUUUUUCCCUACCACUGUUAGGAAACUCAUCAGCGACUUUGCCAUCAUUCUGGCCAUUCUCAUCUUUGUUGGGGUUGAUAUACUGGUGGGUGUGGACACUCCAAAACUCAUCGUGCCAACUGAAUUUAAGCCAACGAGCCCUAACCGCGGCUGGUUUGUAGCCCCAUUCGGUGGUAAUCCCUGGUGGGUGUACCUGGCAUCUGGUCUGCCUGCCUUGCUAGUCACCAUACUGCUCUUCAUGGACCAGCAGAUCACCGCCGUCAUUGUCAACAGGAAGGAGCACAAGCUGAAGAAAGGCGCAGGCUACCACCUCGACCUCUUCUGGGUGGCGGUCCUGAUGGUGGUGUGCUCCUUCAUGGGCCUGCCGUGGUACGUGGCCGCCACCGUCAUCUCCAUAGCUCACAUCGACAGUUUGAAGAUGGAAACUGAAACGUCAGCGCCCGGCGAGCAGCCAAAGUUCCUGGGUGUAAGAGAGCAGAGACUCACCGGCGUGUGUGUGUUCAUCCUGACAGGACUGUCCGUCUUCAUGUCUCCGAUUCUAAAGUUCAUCCCCAUGCCUGUGCUAUAUGGAGUCUUCCUCUACAUGGGAGUGGCCUCUCUCAACGGCGUGCAGUUUAUGGAUCGUCUGAAGUUGCUGCUGAUGCCAGCCAAACACCAACCGGACCUGGUUUACCUGCGACAUGUUCCUUUGAGGAAGGUCCACCUCUUCACCUUUACCCAAGUGCUCUGCCUGGCCCUGCUCUGGAUCCUCAAGUCCACGGUGGCCGCCAUCAUAUUCCCUGUCAUGAUCCUCGCUCUGGUUGCCGUCAGGAAGGCCAUGGAUUACAUAUUCACCCAGCACGAGCUCAGCUUCCUGGACGACAUCAUCCCAGAAAAGGACAAGAAGAAGAAAGAGGACGAGAAGAAGAAGAAGAACAAAAAGAGGAGUAGUGAAGACAGCGACGUCGAGGAUUCCGACUACCCUUACAAUGAGAACAUGCCCAGCAUUAAAAUCCCCAUGGAUAUGAUGGAGCACGAGCCCUUCUUAGGUGAUAAGGCCUCUGACAGAGACAAGCCCACGUCAUUCCUUGAUCGAUACACAUCGUGCUGAGCAGCUUCGCUACUAUCAGGCCAACUGCUUGUCAAGCCCUGAGAUGAGUCCGCUGAAAUCUGUGCCUCAGAUUAGGAUAGACAUGG